AUGGCCAACACAGAGGCACAAGAGCCCGUAGCUCGGGUGACAUACCUGGCAGGCUAUAUCUUCCUCUCCUACCUGAUCAGCGCAAUGGGAUGCGCAACCACAUUAGAACUUCUCCAUCGCCGGACAUCAAGAUCCGGUCUAUACAACUGGUACUUGCUCUUAACAUCAUCAAUUACGAUGGGCGGCAUUGGGAUUUGGUGCAUGCAUUUUAUCGGUAACCGCGCGAUCGUGCUCGGUAAUGGCGAGCCCAACAUCCAGAUUCUUUACAACGUCUCCUUCACCGGAACUUCCUUCGUGCUCCCAGUAGCAGUGCUCCUCUUUGCCUUUUACGCCGUCGGCGUCGAGGAGAAAGCGGGCUAUCUCCGCAUCUUAAUCGGAGGUCUACUCACCGGCAGCUCGGUCUGUGGCAUGCAUUAUGUUGGCCAACUCGGAAUUUCCAACUACAGCUGCUCUUACCACCCAGCCAAUGUCGUCGGAUCAGCUAUUAUCGCCAUCUUUUCGAGUACUGCGGCGCUGGGCAUCUUUUUCCGCUGGAGAGCCUCUUGGACCGAUAGCUGGUGGAGACGCGGGAUAUGUGCGUGUUUGCUGGCCGUUGCUGUCACUGGUAUGCAUUGGACGGCGGCAGUGGGAACCACAUAUAAGGACCACGAUCGAAAUGUUGUCAAUGGCACUCAGCUGUCAAGAAGUCAGGUUGUCAUCGUUUGCGCUGUGCUAGCCUGUGUUGCAUGCGUGAUCUUGUCCGCUUGUGCUAUUGUUGCGGGCAGCAAUCGCCGAAAGUCCACGACUCGUGCUCACCAGCUCGUUCUUGCUUGUGUUUACUUCGAUCCCACUGGGCGGGUUAUGGUCACCCCUCAGGCUCUUCUCCCAACGCGCAAGAUUGUCGAUCACUAUAUUGGAAGGACAUUCAAAGACGACGAUCUUACUCGAACCCAUCCGACCUUCCUCUGGGCCUUUAGAGCCACUCGCAACUGGCCGGUCGUGAAAGACCUGGUGCCAUUCAUGCGAAACCGCCUCAAUUCCGAAGAAAGUGCCAUCCAGAAACACGUCCUCUCACGAGGAGUGUUUAUGGACAAAGAUACCGAGUUACAGACCGACUUUGAUACUUUAUUCAAGCAGCUCUUCUGUGUCACGGCUCAGGAGCUUUCAGAUGAGCUUCGCUUGCCUCUCCAGGAUCUAGGUACCCUGUAUGACGACGUGCUCUCAACCGCGAUUCCCGUAUCGCGACUCUCUCGCGCCAUGGGUCGCUCCACGCUGCGUGCGGGCAAGGGUCAGAUGAUGUUCUCUGUGCGCCAGCUGAACAAGAUAGAAGCAGCAAAGCUAUCCUCCCAAGGAUUCCGUUUCGCAACCAUCGAACAUGUCACAGGAACGCUCUCUCGUCGCAUUCACGUCCCAGAAGUAAACCUAAUCCACACUCUCCGCGACAUGCGUGACUACGCCAGUACAAACCGUGGCUUUGAGGAAGGCGUCCAUCUCAUUUCAUAUGUCAUGCGCCCUACCGUCCACGAUCAUUUCGAGAUCCUCACAACAAAAGGCGUUGGAAACCCACUCCCAUCAACAACGCUACCAAUGAAAAAUCUCGACAAUCACCACCUCGAACUCCUCUUCCAGAUGGAAGGCUGGUCCAUGAACGCAUGUAUAAAAUACCUCCUUUCCGACGCAUCAGCUCGCGCUUUCCCCAACCUCAUCGACUUCCGCUCUCAACUCACUCAAGCCAUCAUCUCACUAUCAAAAACCCUUCCUGAAGACAUGCGCGCCGCAGCCCAGCUCUCCGCUCGCCCAUUGGCUGCACCCUGUCGCAACCAGCCUUCAAAUCCAGAGCAAUCUUUCCAAACCUGCACGCUACUCACUUUCUGCGUUGUUGGAACGCUGGACACUCAGGUUCCCAACCCAGACUACACAUGGACCCCAUUCCGCCUCUUCCGCGUCCAACAGCAAGUAAACGAGGCGAUUGCUGACCGCGAGAGCUUCGCCCGCGAGCUGGGCCAAGAGCUAUUCUGCACAGACGUCCGCUCCGGCCCGGCUGGCAGCGAGAAUGAUCUUGCAUCCACAACUAAGAUGGCCAUCUUACAAUUAUGGCCGUCACACAAGCGAUCCAAGUCUUCGAAGGGUGGCUCUGGAAGCUCUCUUCAUUCACAAGAAUCUUUGGUCGAGCCUCAUGCCAUGGCAUUGCGUGACAUUACUGUUCACAAGGAGGUCAGAGUCGACAUUACCCGGUUGCAUGAGACAGCUGGACAGAACUCGUUCAGUAGCCAUGAUUCAAGGACUAUUGUUGCUGGUGGUGAAACAACCCCUUCAACAUACGUUGAUGAAUUGUAUAGCCUUUGCUAUUCCCCGGGCAUUCGCUUCAGGCCUGACUCUUCGCUGCAUCAUGUAUCGCAUAUGUCGAGCAUGUGA